AUGAACUUGUCCCACCUCACACACGCUCAAGACGUUGAACCGCUCGAGGCUUCUCGCGCCGCUGUAACCAACCGACUCCUCAAUACCUUCCGCAGUGGACCGUUUGAUUCCAGCUUCGACACGCAGCGCGAACCCCUCGAAGCCAUCUUCGUCGUGCUCAUCAAGGAGCUGCAGGUCCAGCUUCUCGGCGUUCCACGCAACGAGGCUCAGUACGUCCCGCAAGGACGGCUCGUGGUUACGCCAGGUCAUGGAACAACGCGCGACCCCGUCGGUAUCUCCAUGCCGGCCGUCCCCUUCAAGGCAAAGCUUGCUGGACGGGGCUCUUCCCGCCGCUACGCCGUGUCCGAGAGUACUGGCGACACGUUCAUGGCCGGCCCUUGCCUCGCGGAGGUCUGGCAGCCUGCGCGGAAAGUUUACGGAUACGCUACAAGGUCGGUGGGGAAGGAGAUGGCUCAACACUAUGCGCAGCCAGGCAGCGGACCUUUCAGGAUCAUGUCGGGGCUCUUCCUGCCGGCACACUACGACCUUCCGUACUCCAUCGAUCUCUACGUCUCGCAGUGCGGCAACCCGCUCGAGCACGUCCGCGUCGAACAUCCUCCGCAAACCGUCAUCUUCGACUGCGCCCUCAAGCGACUCCAGGAUGAUGUCGAUCACCCUGUCGUCCAUUUCCGUCUCCAUCUCGCUCUUCCGUCGCAUCGUGGCACAGCGGGAGCGGUGCAGCAGUCGCUCGCCAGCACUUUCGCCGUCGGUACGAGGCGUCGCGGUGAGCCUUCGCCUUCGGUUUUCUCCUGGUAG